AUGGAGCGGUCAGGCGUCCUUGCUCUCGUCGCCGGCCGCCGCUCAAUUGGCCUGGCAGCGGUGGCGCGACGUCAUUACGCUCUUUGUGGCACGCACAAAGGCCACCACGCGUUACGACGGGAUGCGACGAUGGCGAGAUCCGCCAAACCGAUUGAGCGUUUAGAUUGGAAGCAAUGCACGCCGCUACCGCAUGCCACAAUACCGGGACGAAGAGGGUAUAAAACUACAAAUCCCAUAAUA